UUCUCUAGGAGGAUAUAGAACCUCUGACCUCUCUCUGGGCAGUGCUAAUUGGCUCUGUGCUGAUCACAUGCACUCUCCCAAGUAAAAAAAAAAAAACCUCUCUAGAAACCAAACUGAGCAUCUGCAGAGUACACAAGAUAUGUCUUAUCAGGAGAAAGGGAGGAACAGAGAAGUUAGGAUCAAACAUCCUUUUUACACAAUGCAGAGGAUUAGGCCCUUAGGUUCCACAGCAAGUAUAACAAGCAUGCUUUACUGCAUAUACAGACUGAUUUUACUGUUGUGGAUA